AGUUGAUAGGAUAGCUCAUAAACAUUUCAUGUGUGAACCAUGUUAUAAUUCUUGUCAAAAAUCAACCAAUUUACCAAUCACUAUUCCAAACUUGUGGGAACCCGAUAUCCCUUGGGAAUUCAUAUAA